CUUUAUUAUCAUGACCAACGCGACCAACGCGAAAGGACUCUCUUUCGUUCUUAUCGAGCCUGGAAGUCAAAUCUCCGAGGCAGAUCACUACGAUUGGUACGAUAAUGAACAUUCUCCCGCCAGGUUGACAGUCCCUGGAUUCUUCAAUGCCACUCGUUUCAAGGCUAUCGACUCCCAGAAGCCAUCGUAUCUUACCCUCUAUGAUAUCUCGGAACCGUCUGUUGCCAACGGUCCCGAUUUUGAGGCCCUUCGUACUAGAGCUUCUGCUCGAGAUAGGGCCAUGCUAGAGAAGGUGCAAUACCUCAAUCGUAGGACGUAUGAGCUUCUACAGGAACCUUGGUUACACCAAGAUACCACCGAUGCUUCCCUUCCCGGCCAAUUCAUGCUACUUGUCAGCAUGGAGGUGAAAGCUGAAUUAGAAGAGGAAUUUAACAGGUGGUUUAGUGAGGAACAUAUUCCGGACUUUUUGAUCAAGAUUCCGGGAUGGCUGAGAAGUAGGAGAUACAAGCUUUACGACAAUCUAGAGAAGGGUGCAUUUGAGGACGGAAGUGGAUUGAAAGUGUGCAAAUACCUUGCAUUGCACGACUUUUCUCGCGGUGGCUUUAUGGAGCACGAGAUGAUGAAGGCGUCCUUUGAAACUCCCUGGGCCAAAAGAAUAUAUGCAGACUUGCUUCACAGAGAGGUUAGAGUACUAAAGUUGCACAGGAUCUAUCAGAAACCACAAUAAAAGGAUUGUACAACGCGCUUACAUAUCAUUACAUAUAAUACACCACCAAUUUCUCGGGAUAUAGCCUGACAUCCUAACAACCUCAAAUGGACGCGUCGGCGUCGUUAUCUCGACAGAACCCCCUCAUUACCAUAUCCUUCUACUAGAAUCUCAGCCUUCUAUUGAUGUUCUUCCCCACUGUCCUUCCGACAUAUCCCUUGAGCCUUUGGUAACGCACUCAGCAUCUCAGUGACAGAGCUGGCUCUGACUUUUCUUGUCCGAGUCGGGCUCAUGAUGUCGGGGCUUGAAAAGUAGAACAAGCGAAAAUACUGAAGAAUGGUUACGAAGCAUGGGCGCAGACGACGACGACAAUUUUCUUCAAAGUCCUCUCACAACCACCAUUGGUCUGCCGCUAGUUGAAGAAGACCAACCACAACAGCAGGUGGCUGACCUUGAGUGGUCAAUUUGAUAUGGCCGCCAACCAGAAUGCAGCUGCACUCAGUGUUCUGGUUGAAGCACUGACGGACAUAUCUACUGACUUGCAGCCAGUAUUGCUGCACUUCUCUGUUAAUCCCUUUGCCGUACUAGCGUCGCGAAUUUAUUGAUGGAGGAGCUGAUACCGACGAUGGAAAGGCUCCAGCAACAUUUUGGAACGACAUUGACGAGAGGUUGAAAAAGAUUCGUGAAGGAAAGAUCCUCUCCGUAUCUCUCGGGCUAUGGCACGAUACCUCGAGCACGACCGCUCUCAAUUUUCCAGCGUGACGAAAGAAGCUUUUGCAGCCCUUCCCACUACCACUGCUGCUGUUGAUUAGAUCCAUGCUUGCCCAAUACCAUAUCUUCCACAACUGCCACCUAUCGUUACUCAUAAAUACCUCUAACCUUUCUCAGCUACGUACACAUACCACAUUCCUUCAACCCCAGUACAUAGUCAGUCACGGCGCAGCCUCGGACUGCGCUCGUUAUGAUCCACGGACCACUAUAUUUUACAACUUGAUGUCUAAUAUUCAGGAUGAAUAGAGUCUAUUCAGCUUCA